CUGAAACCUAGGCUUUGAGUACUCGGUGAAGGUUAGGCGUUCUACCCGUGGUUUUUUGAAGGGUGAGAGGCCCCCGAAGGCGUCUGGCUGAUCUGCUGGUGUCUGGUCACAAGGUGACUGUAGUGACUUUCGUUGAUUGCUAGUUCAUGUGGUGACUAUGUACCAUCACCAACAUCAGCAACUACAUAUUUUGUUAGAAACAUCUUGAAAAUCGCUCUAUCUCUGUGUUAUAAAAAAAAAAAGAGAGACUAACUUUGCUUUAAUUAUUAUAGCUAAGGAUACAAGUAAUUGACAAUUAGUCAUGAAAUGAUUAUGAGGUGCUCUGUUUAAUGUCUAAUUAUUUCUAUGUGUAGGAGUAUUUCAAGCGUUGUUAUAAACUCGAUCUUAGACUCCUAUAAGAUAACGCAUUAGUUCAGAUCUGAGACAGCUUUAUAUUGAUCUAAGGAUUACGUAGAUCUGACAGAUUGGUUUGUUUCGUUACCUAUCAUUCUCCUAGUGGAUUAACGUCAAAUUGAAAAUUUUAAAAAGUUAAGAAAUUUGGAAGAGUUCUUCACGUCUGCUACUCUAAACACAAACUCUAACUCAAACUACAAACAAUGCGGAUCGUGUUGGGUAAAAGGAAAAAAAAUUAGAUGCCGACAGUGACCAGUGGAUUACAAAUACUUAGUGUGACCAUCCAGGCAUGUUCUAAACAUGUCACCCGCUCCAGAACACUCUAGAGUACCCGAGUUCAACCCCUGUGCGGAGGAUCUCACAUUUAUAACUUAACACCAGAUGCGUACACUGGAAGAGUUCGCCGCCAUCAAGAGCUGCCCGGAGCUGUUCCACUUCGCGAACUCCAUCAGCGACCUGCUGAAGCCAAGCCUGGGCUCUCAGGGGAGUCUCCUGCUGCGAGCCCAUUCGUACCCCCUCCUGUCCGACGCUGAGUUCGAGGCGAGCAGUGAUGACGUUGCCGCCAAAACUAUGACGACCGCAACGGACGACAAUAUUGAAAUUCUGUCCUGUCACGUGGAGCAGGAGGAUGAAGAGUUCUCUAUCCCGUGCCAGUCUUCGCUCGUGCCUUUCAAACUUGCCAACGGCGAGUCAUUAAGUGAUGACCGGACAAUCAGUCAAAGGAAGCGAGUGGUCAGAGCGGUGGGGGCGGUCACCUUCCUGCUCCUCUUGUUCAGUAUUAUACUCAUUGGGAUAUCUCUGAACAUGAGUAAAAACAUUGAUGAGAUGGUUAAAACCAAGUCCGAUAAUCAGCAGGAGGCGUUCCAAGACACGCAACUCUUCUCGACAUCAACACUAGGAUUACCUCCCUUGGACCGUGCAAAUGAACAGAGACCAAGCGAAAAUGUGGUUCUGUUUGGGGUUCGACAGUCUACGCUCUCACACAGACAGCCAGCCUCAAGUUUUAACACCCGAAAGGAGAACUUGACUCGUUUUGACAGGACGUGACGUCAUCUGCGAGCGCAAGGAACUCUCUAACUCACCUUGGCGCCAUUCUCAAGGUUUUUUGGGGUUAAAAAGAUUUUCAUGUUUCUGCUUUGUUCCUUUUUGAAAAAAAUUGAUUCUUCUUGUAAACAACGAAACGUGUUGUGUGCGUUAAAAGGUGACGGUGUUUUGUCUGAGUAGAGCGACGUCUGUUUUAUUAGCGCCGGUAUGGUGUACUGUUGAUCAGAGGCGUAGCUAGGGGGGAGGCAGGGGGAGAAUUUGAAAAUCCCCCGGGCCCCCACUUGAGGGGUCCCCCAUAUAGGUGUUUUUUUUUUACAUUAAAAAAAAGUUCCCCUUUCAGACCUUGUGGUCUAUAGGGCAGAUGAUGUAAAGGUCAUAUGUUUCUGUGGCCUACGGUUAACGAGGGUGAGGGUGUCAUGUGGCCAGCACAACGACCAACCGCCUUUACUUUUCCCCAACUAACUUCAGGUACCUAUUAGAGCUGGGUGGACUCUGAGGGGCCCGAAGAUCCCAAAAUUAAAAAUCCCAGUCUUCACCAGGAUUUGAACCCCGGACCCCGGUUCGGAAGCCAAGCGCUUUACCGCUCAGCCACCGCAUUAAACAUUAAAUAUUACGCAAAAUGCAGGGGUUACCAAGGAGUCGAGACCCCCCCCCCCUCCGCAAUGAUGGCAAAGUCCUAGCUACGCCGCUGCUGUUGAUGUAAAUAGAACGGUACAUAUGUUUAGAAGUUUGUGUACAAUGAUUUUGAAAUGGUGUACAUAGUAUGUGGACAACUCUGACAUGUACACGUCUUCCAGUGACUUGUAUCAGUAACACGAAAAGAAGAUUAUUUUUUUUCAGAGGACAUUGUCCAUGUCUUAAUCAGUGGUUCUAAUCCUGUGAUCCUCCGACCCUAUUUUUAGUGGUCUAGUAGAGAAACGUGUAGGUCUAAAAGAGUUUCAUAAUAAAUAAACAUAUGGUUCAACUCAAUCUGGGUUUUUUUUAAUUUGACAAAGAUCAGUUUGAGUGGGUUUAUAUUCAUGAUCAGUUCUCAUUAUUUUUUGACACCAAAUGUUUUCAGCAAGAAAAGUUGUGGGUUGUUUUUUUUUUAUUUUAACAUCUUUUAGAUGUUUGGCUAAGUGGAAAAAAAAUGCUUGGCUACCUAUCAUAUGGGGCUAGAGUUCGAAUCCCAACUCGGCUUAUAGGCAGCACGGAAACCUUCUCCAAGAUUCCCCUCCCACCUCUCACAUACCCACAAGGGAAGUUGGACCGUAGCACCACAGCAUGAAAAACUCGCUAGACAAAAUCAAUUAGUACAAGAAUUUGAUAUUUCAUAAGAAUUUGAUGUUUUAAAAGAAUUUGAUGGUUUAAAAGAAUUUGAUGUUUUAAAAUGAAUUUGAGGAUUGCUUUUUGAAAAGGGAUGUUAUUGAGUGACAUUUUGUGUUUGUCGGCUAGCUUGAUGUAUUGAUUCUUUUUCGUAAGACAAGAAAAUGUUAUGUACCAUGUUAUUGAUUGCCUAUACAUCUUUUUUCUUUAAUGAAACGCCAUAUCACAUCAAAUUGAUCAACAAUUUCACUAACAUCAAAUCAACCACCAUCCAUCCGUCAUCAUCAUAUCAACCGACAAAAUACUUUCUAACAUCAGAAUGGCCUUCAUCAAAUUAGCGCACUAUCCAAUGCAAGCGAAUAAUGUUUUUUAAAAUAGAAAAUGUGAGCGAAAAAUUAAAACGAUAAUUUAUUAUUUUUUUAUUAAUGAAACUUGGUAGAAAAAAAUCUCUCAAAAUUACGGCUAUAUGGUGUUAUAUGUACUAUAUUUUUUUCCAAUUAGAGCAAAUAGAUAUGCUCACAUAUUAUGUAACUUAGUUAUGGUUAGAUAUCCAUUUAACUUACUUAUCGUUAGAAAUCCAUUCAUGCGACCUAUUAUAUUAAGCUGCAUUUAAUUUACUAGACAUAUGAUAAUCUGACCUAGUUCUUUCCCUAUUUCUAAAAUAAUUUGCUAGAACUAAUAAAGGUAACGUAAAGGUACAAAUUCACUAACCCGCUUAUAACUCACUACAGUUAUUUUUGCUAAAACGUUCAUUAUAAUCUGAACACACUAUUAUUUAAUUAUAUUAUCUUAUGCCUCCUUAUUGACAGCUAUUAAGAAUGAAUCUUUCUUAAUGUGUAUCUUCUGUAAUAAUACUUGUA